AGCUGCAGGCUGAGUUGAAUAAACUCCACAAGGAGGUGUCCAGUGUCCGUGUAGCCCACAGUGAGAGAGUGGCCAAGCUCGUGUUUCAGAGACUGAAUGAGGACUUCGUGCAGAAACCUGACUAUGCCCUGAGCUCUGUGGUUCCAGGAGCCUCCAUCGACCUAGAGAAGACAUCCCACGACUAUGAGGACACUAACACUGCCUACUUGUGGAAUCGCUUGAGCUUUUUGAACUAUGCCCGCCCACCCACAGUCAUACUGGAGCCAGAUGUGUUCCCUGGAAAUUGCUGGGCUUUUGAAGGCGACCAGGGCCAGGUUGUGAUCCGACUGCCUGGUAGUGUGCAGUUAAGGGACAUCACCCUGCAGCAUCCUCCUCUCAGCGUGGCACAUACAGGAGGAGCCAGCAGCGCCCCCAGGGACUUUGCAGUCUUUGGCCUCCAGGUUGAUGAUAUUACUGAAGUUUUCUUGGGGAAAUUCACCUUUGAUGUGCAGAAAUCUGAAAUUCAAACCUUCCACCUACAGAGAAGGAAACUUCAGGCAAGAUUCCUGCUCCAAGUCAUACAGCUAGUGAACACAGCAUGCGACCGAGACUGUCUUCAACAGGCCUCCGCUUCAACGCACAACUGCCACACUUUUGCUCAAUCCCACCCCAAUGUCUGGAAGUGUCCUCAAUUCAGGUAGACAUUCAAAAGUCAAGAUUUGAAAACUUUUAGGAAAACUUUUUUGAGUCAAAGAGCUGAAUUAGACCAGGUGUGGUGGUACACACCUUCAAACCCAGUACAUGAGAGACAUAGACAGGCAGAUCUCUGUGAGACUGAGCUGGGGCUACUGGGCUACAGGGAGACCUUGUCUCAAAAAAAAUAAUCUUUAAAGGUUAAGAGUAGACCUGGAAAAAAAGUGGAAACAGGGAAAAAUAGGAAAGGAGACUAGUGUGAGCAAAGAAACAGCAUUGUCUUGGGUGUUAGAAUUAUGUUUCUAGUGCGUGUGUACUGACACUGGUGUGUGAGGAGAACACCUAGCCACCUAUUUGGGUAAUAUUGUUUUCUAAUGAAGAGAAAAAAGAUCUCACACCAAGUGCUCUCAAAAGGUUAGGGGCUGGAGAAAUGCCUUAGCAGGUAAGAGCACUUACUGCUCUUCCAGAGGACCUAGGUUCGGUUCCCAGUACCCACACACAUCCUUAACUCCAUUUCCAGGGGAUCCACCAACCCUCUUCUGGCCUCCUUGGGAACCAGGCACACACAUUAGGUAUACUUCUAUACAUGCCAGCAAAAUAUUCAUCCACAUAACAUAAAAAUAAAUUGCUUGGGGCUGGUGAGUUAGCUUGGCAGUUAAAGAUACUGGCCGUCAACCUAACUCCACAAAGUUGUCCUCUGUCCUCAAGUGUGCCAUGGCACUUGCACAUCAAAACACAUUUGUAAUAAAAUUUAAGGGCCAUUGAGAUGACUUGGUGCCACAAAGCCUGAGGACCUGAGUUGAAUCCCCAGGUUCCAUACCAGAGGGAGAGCGAACUCCUGCAGGUUGUCCUCUGACACUCAUGUGUGCCAUGGUACAUGUACCCAGGCUCAUGCAUGUGGGUGUAUAUAUAAGAAA